AUGAACGGCUUUGCAUCAGGAGUCCCCAAACGAAAACCUCUCCCAAGCGGCGCAGUCGCCUCCACUCCCCCAAUUGCCGCUAGCGACCCCGAAAGCGACCCUGAAAAGACGACGGAGCCCGUGGUCGCGAGCGGAGAUCAAUUAGCGGCACCUGAACACAAACUGACGUUAUGGCAACAGCUACAACAGAAAUGGGGUCAGUUCUCAGCAAAGAAGAAACGCAUCAUCAUUGGUGCUCUGGUCACAUCGCUCGCGCUUCUCGCCCUUAUUAUCGGUCUUGCUGUGGGGUUGACGAGACGUCAUGGAAAGGGGUAAGUUUCCGGACUGGAUCUGGGGCUGCAGAAAGCACGGCUUCGACGUCCAUCCCUUGCGCCUUCUUCUCCAGACUGAACGAUAUUUUCCUUCUGUCGUAUUCAAUUGGCUGAUGAAGAAAGUCCUACUAACAAUUCUACCAAUACAACUAGCUCCAAUGACCCUCUUCCUACCUCCAACGGCGGCCCCUACACUGGCGAUCUGACAUACUACGACCCCGGUCUUGGAUCAUGUGGAAUAACCAGUACAUCAUCCGAGAAUAUCUGUGCCGUAUCACAUGUCGUCUUCGAUGCAGCGCUGACUUCGGGAAACCCUAACGAGAAUCCGCUUUGCGGGCUGAGAUUGCGGAUACGCAGAGGCGAUAGGAGCGUGGAUGUCAAAGUUGUCGACCGCUGUCCUGGAUGCAAC